UCAUUCGACUGCAAUGGAAGGCAGAAGAGUCAGAAUGUGUAGCACAAAACUGCAGCUACUGAUCCUGCUAAGCGGAGCCCUGCUAUGUGCUCGAGCUGCACCAACUGGAGACCAGGCGGAGGAAGUCACAGUAACCCAUCCACCGCCUGAGCAACUCCAAUUGGAGUCGCGAUCGCAAAAGGAGGACGUUUUGGAUCUGGACGAGGACUUGGAUGGAAGGAGUGCCUAUGUCAACAAUCAGUUUGUGCCCAGCGAGCCCGUGGAGCUGGUGGAUGAUGAGCAGAAUGCGCCGCUCUAUGAGAUACUUCAGAAGCAAAUGGAGCAAGUGCUGGCCUCCACAGGACCCAACGACCCCGUCUACGAGCAUAGGGACAAGCAGGAUAGACGAGAUCAGCAGCCACCGAAUCGACCACCACCACUCUUCACCAGCAACCAUCCGAACGAUGCCGAAGUGGACGAUGACUACGAAGACGAGGAGGAUCGAACGGACUUGGGCUAUAACAACGAGCAAGAGAAGCCAGAUGCAGCCUCCCUGCUCGAGGAAGACGAGCAGACCGAGGCGGGCUAUCAGGUGCCACAGCUGCAGCCAUCAACCACUAGUCCCAGCACCACCCGCAGACCCCACAAACGCCGCAGCACUACAGCGCAGCCGCGCACCACUCGAGCACGAACCUCAGCGCAGCCCAGGGCCACACCAAAACCAGCGAACCUGACCACCACAUACAGCUCCACUGAGACACCGCUGACAACCACAAGUCAGAAGCCCAAGGCCAGUCCCAGUCCCAGUACCAGUUCCAGGCCACUGCCGAAUCCAUCCAACAGCCUGCCCAGCGAUCCUCAGGUCUACCAGCACAAGCGGCGCAUCAUUUUCAAAACCAUCUCGACGGGCUCGCAGUUCGUCAACUCCCCGAUUGGCGAUCUUAUGAUUAAGUUCUCCAUCGGCUUCGCCCGGCCAGCCCAUGGCGGAGCAGCAGUUCCGUCCAGCGAGGCGCUGCGUGCCCUUUCGAAUAAUUUAUUGCGAAACAUUGAACUGCAGAAGCUGAAGAGGGCCAAUAAAGUACAGAGAGAUUAA